UUAUCUUUCCGCUGUAGCGACAUCCCUUUUUGUCAGGCUUGCCUGUCGGCUGGAGACGCAACAGAGGGCAGAGAGUUUGUGUGAGCUCCUCUCACUGCUCCGGCUAUGGAUGACUCUUCGUGUCCCCUUAUCGCCCCAACCGGUGGGCAGGAAACCGCCAAGCUGUUGGUCUCUUCAUUUCUCUCUCCUCUACCUUUCUGAAGAAGCAGUCUGGAGUUACGUCAGACCCCGGCCAAAAGUGCAGGGCAAGCACAUAAGCGGCUAAGGAGCUAUUCGUAGGCAGAGCUGCCAAACCCGGGUGAGAGCCUCAGCGCACUCCUCAGAGAUUUCUGCUAUCAUUGCGUUAAGCGUUUGUGUUGCAGCAUGUGGUAAGUCAUCUGCUUUCUGCAAAUAUAAAACAUUGGGGAUCUUGGCAGUUCUUUUAUUUCUUUACACCCAUGACAGGUAUUCGGCACAGGGUAAGUGCAACAGAAAAACUUAUUGGACGUAAAUAAACUUUUUUUUGGUCAACCUGACAUGCAAUGACAUCAUGGAUCAUUUAGAAUUUGGUGCCUGGAGAAGUUGCGUGACCCUUUUUUGACUAGAUUUCUCAUUAAUCUCAAGUCAACAUGCCCCACACUCGAAAUAGGAACCCCAGUCCUAUCCCAGAGGUAACAUGGGACACGGGCUUGAAAGAAAUGAACGAGACUUGGAAGGGAGCAAUUGCCUGCCUUGGAGUAGCAGUAUUUUUUGUCAUGACCAUUGGGAUCAUUUAUUGGCAAGUUGUCGAUCAGCCCAACAAAAAUUGGAUCCUGAAGGGGAGUUUUAGCGGACUGAUAUGGGAGAGAAGAAGUCAAACUCUUGUGAUCCAGACUCUGACGGAGGACAAGACGUUUGUGGAAAUUGAUGUGGGCAACGUGGGGAACCCCGACACGGAGGUCCCGUUUGUUCGGAACCUGUGUUGGCUCAACAAAACCGAGUUCUGUUACACCUGGGAUUCGGUUGCAGACGUGAAAAUAUCACUGGAUAUACCUGAUAUGCUUCACCAAACAGAGUGCUACAGCAUGAAAUGGACCCCAAUCCACUGUCACGUACACCUGAAGGACUGUUUCUCCAUGAGUAACGUGUCAUGGUAUGGGGGCGCAAGCGUCGUCAUGCCCAGCUGGCCCAUUAAUGAGGCCAACAUCUCCAUGCAAGCCUUCGUCAUGAGCGACCUGCGGGACAACCCCUUGGGCUAUGGCUCCGUCCUUGAGCGCUACUUCCUGGGCUCCUCUGGUGUGGCGGUGAUGGUGGCUCCGCAGGUCCCCCUACUGGUGGGGGUGGAGAGCAGACAGCAGUUCUGCCUGCAGAGCGGCUCCAGCCUGGAGAGGCCCCCGCUGCAGUACACAGUAUGUGUGGGAGAAAACCUCAGAGACCUCCACCAGGAGGUGGCGCCGCAGCGGAGCUUGCCCACCCGAGAGCUGCCUAGCCUGGGCAUCUUACGGCAAACGUUCUGGAAGUUUCUCCCCGAUGAAGAGUCAGGGUUGACGGUGGAGCGGGAGCUGAGGACCUUCUCCAAUCGUCUGAAGAGGCACCACCUUGGGGAGGGGGUCAUCAGCCUCAAUGAACAUUCCACGUCCCUCCUCGUCAACAUGGACCACGACUACCUCUACAGCAAGAGAGGCAUGUCGAAGAGGCAGAGCAGGGACCUCGCUUUCGUCAAGCUUCUGAACAUUUCCGUCACGCUGUCACCGCUGCUGAGGGUGGACACGCGACAGUUCCAGAGCUCCAUGCGGGACGGCACAGAGGCCUUCUGGCUCAGCAGGCCCUCCUCUUCACAGGGCAGACCGGUGCCCCUGCUGAUGCAGUGGAAGGGGAAGUACUGCGUCAAGCUGAACCUCAGCAACCCUGAGGCAGUGAACUGGUUCCUGGAGCGAGUUAGCGUCCUGCAGGCCCACCUGGGCAUGGAGUACGUCAUCCUGGAGGGGGGCGAGGGGAGCCUGUUCGAGGAGCAGGCCCCCCAGUACACACAGGCACUCUCUGGGGACGAGUACGUCCAGCAGCUGGUGGAGCUGGCCGGGAGGAUAGGGGACACCACCAUAGUGACCUCAGGGACAAGGUCCAGUCACAAGCCGCACUUCAUUCAGAUGGCUCCGCUGCAGUCAGACUGGAGCUACGCGGGAAUCAAGGGCAUAAUUCCGGCCCUGCUGCACCACAGCCUGCUCGGAUACAACUUCGUCAUUCCCGACGCAGUAGGAGGCUCCCUAUGGGAAGAGCUGGUCACCGAUGAGGAGCUGUUUGUGCGCUGGCUGGAGAUUGUGGCCUUUCUCCCAGUCAUUUCCUUCCAGAUCCCGCCAUGGGACUUUGGGGAGGACUGGACCCUGAACCUCACCAGGUUCUAUGUAUCAAAGCACCAGGACUUAGUAGUUCCCCUCAUAAUGAAGUAUGCCGAGGUGUGGCAGAGCAGCGGAGACCCAAUCUAUAGACCCCUCUGGUGGAUGAGUCCAGAUGACCAGGUCACCUUCACUGUGGAUGACCAGUUCCUGAUUGGGGAUGAGAUUCUUGUGGCACCAGUGACAGAGAAAGGGGCAACGCACAGAGACAUUUACCUCCCAGGCACCGACUGUCAGUGGCAGGACAUGAACAACGCUAAAGUGUUUGACGGAGGCACGAUGCUGUACAACUACGCGGUCGCACUGGAUGAAGUGGCCAUUUUCUUACGCAGAAACUCUUGAGGCCAAGUCACCUAACUUACUUACAUUGCUGCCAUUUAAAAGAAAAAUCAUCGUGCUGAUCUUACAUUGCACUUUCAUCAAAGACCAGUACCCUCAUCUCAAGACGAGAUCUUGAGACUAGAUCGAAUAUCAUUUUUAUAUUUGCACUUUACAAAAGAAACAAUUUCUGUUUUCUCAUGGUUGUCGUCCUGUCUCCGAUCACCGCCAUUUGUUUGUCCUCAUUCGGGCUCUCCUGCUCUUUUUACGUUCUUUCAGUGUCAACGAGUUCUGUGCGUUUACAUUUGAUUCAUUUUUACAGCCUUUUAAAAAGUUACCUUUUUUUAUGGAGUCCAGAAUAGCCCUUUAUUUGCUUACAAACACUAUGAAUUUCUGAAGACCAAACAAAGAUUGAAAGACUGCUACAUCAUCUCUGCUGAGAGGAAGCCUUCAAUGAUAGAAAGUGUGAGCAAGUCCUGGACAAAGCUCAAAUUCAUGUCACUGACUGGUUGAAGGCUUUUUACUUGAACUCUGAUGGCUAAUUUGCCAAUGUUUUGUAAAUGUACCUCAAUCUAGGUUUAUGAAUGCCUUUUUAUGUGAAAUCUUGUCUCUGUCAACGAUCACCACUGUCCAUAAGAAAUGCUGCCUUAAAAGCACUUAUUGUUUAAAGAAUAAUUUACAACAGUAAUGUACAGAUGACUACAUAGGAAAAGGACAAGGUCACGGGAAGCUUGAAUAACACUUACUGUAGGAUGCUUGCUCAAGUCUGAACCUCACUGCCACUCCUAGAAGUAUGCUACACAAACGUCUGUUUAUCACAUCUGUCCUGCCCAAUCUAAAUUCACACUCAAAUAUUUAUCAGUAUAAACUGGUAUUGUCUGUUCAUUUUAGAUAUCUUCUGUGUCCAUCUUCCAGCCAUGUGAUCUAAUGAGGUAAAUGACUGGAAGUCAGAAAUGUGAUUUUAGCAAGAUAGUCUUGCAAAACUGGACUGGACGAAGUGAUGUCAAAGAAGAAGAGAGCGGUGUAGCAAACAGAGGUAUUUUCCUUGCCUCUUAGUACUGACUUGAAUACUGUGAGGUACUUUUAUGUCUGACCUAAAAUAACCUAGUGGUGUGAAUAACAAUACCUUAUAAACCAACCUUCAUUUGUAUUAUUAUUGGCAAAACUCGAAAACUUACCCCAGCUCUGUUGAAAGCCAAUGUAAGCUACCUAAAAUCAUAUACAAGAUGACCACAAACUACCCAGAGAAAAGCAACAGAGUAAAAUCCUGACCCGACAGGCGUAUAGUCAGUGAGUGAGUCAGGGGCCUCUCCUCUGCUGCUGAAGCCUGUAGUGCUUACGUGACUCUUGAGUGUCCUAGGUAUACCUCAUUAAUUCAACUAGCUGUAGGUCUGGAGAGACAGCGGCCUAGGAGAGAACAGAAGAAGGUUCUCCACACAGAACAAGAACCCAGACCAUAACAGUUAGCUUGCAGACUUAAAACAAGGACUUAACUAGUAAUGGUACUAACCUUUUAGAACACUGUGUGUUUUUAGUAGAACAGGCUGUCUGUCUUCUGUAGUUAUCCUAGUCUCUCAGAUUGCACAAGGGUUGUUUCAUGAAAGGAACAUGUUGAUAGAUAAACCAAUUGCAUUUUAAUAUAAUAAUGAUAAUGAGUGUGAUUAUGAUGAAAAGAAACAUAACGAGAUGAUUAACUUUUAUGUGUGUCCAUCUGGGACCUCUGACUUAAAAUAGUUCAUGUUUACUGUUGUUUUCUGGACACUCAGGUCUCACCUAUUAAAUGAGAAAUGUCUUAGCGAGGCCCUGGAUUGCAUACACUUUAAUGUCUUAAACCACUUCUAUAUGUGAACGUGAUGUUUAAACGUUAAGCAAAAAAAGAAAAAAAAGAGAAAAAGAAUACUAUCUGUGAUUACCGGACACCUGUCAACAGGAGUUAUUUUUUUUCUUUAAUGCUUUUAUUUUAGGUUCACAUAAAUGAAAUGACAUUAAAAAACAGUUUUUAAUUAUUCCCUUCUCAAUAUCAGCAGACUUCAUGCUAUUUUGUGCUUUUGUACAUAUAUAUGUCAUGUAUAUAUAUUUUUUUUUCAAACACUUUGCCAUUAAAUGUUGUGUUGUUCCACUGUAAAUCAGAGAAAUGAGAUUGACAAUAUGCAAUAAAGUUUACAUUUUUCCCUAA